GCGUGGCGCGGUUGUUCGGGGAGCGGCUUCGACAAUAGAAUAAGAUAACAGUAACAGCAAGACUAUGGCUACAUGGGCGGCGCAGAUGGCGAUAGAGGCAGCGUCCAUGCAAGAUGCUAUGGCUGCUGCCGUGCUUGGAGAGGAGCCGCGCUGGAGAUUGUGCGGCUGCAUAAGCGACAGAUGGAGGAGAUCUAUACUGCGCUCAUCCAACAUCGACACAAUCUACCGGCUGAUCUUCCCGAGGAGGGUGAGGAGCUGAUCAGUGGUUGGGAGGAGGAGCUCCAUGCAGAUCUCUCAUCCCAACGGCUCGGCGCGAUUGAAAAAGAGCAGGUGAAGGCGGAAUUGGGUGGUUGUGCUGUACUGCUGACGAAAGUGAAGGGAAUCUUUGAUGAUCUUAGGGAGGGGCUGUAUGGGAGUGUAAGGUGCGAUGAUGCGAAAGGAUGCUGCUGCGCGGGGCCUGAGGAGGGGCAGGUGCUGCGUGCUAUGUUGCAGGAUCGUUCGUGCGAGGCAGAGGUAGUAAUUCGUCGUGGGAGGCUUGAGGAGGUGCAGGGUUCCCGCGCCGAACUGGUGGAGUGCGACAACGACAUAGCAAUCACAUCGCCUGCAAAUUGCAAUUAUAUCCACAACACCGACGGCCACAACAACGACGACGAUAAUGAAUGUGCUGAUGAUGAUGGCGGUGACGAUCACCUUAAAGCGGGCGAUAUUGCUCUCUUUGACUCUGUGGCCGAUGACAACAACAACAAUACCAAUAUCAACAAAAACAGGGGCAACAACAACAACAACAACAACAACAAUAACAACAACAACAACAAUAACAACAGCAACAGCAACAGCAACCACGAUGUGGGGGUCGUGGGCAUUGGCGACACUGUAAUGGUUGAGCACGACACUGGUAUAAGCGUGGAAAUCGUGCGUUCGUGCAGGCCGAAUUACAACAACAUUAACAGCAACAACAGCGACGACACUUACAACAACAGCAGCAACGACAAAAACAAUGUCAACAAUGCUGAUGAUAGCGGUCUGGUAAGUGUGGCAGGGGUCUCGGUUCUCACCCACCGCUCCUUCUCUCCCCCGCCGUCCUCUCUCUCUCGCAAUCGUGUUGACGAUCCGGGGGGAGGGGGAAGGGGCUGUUUGAAUGGUCCGUUCAGCAUAUUGGGAGGGCAUGGGGGACAGUUGGGGGUGGGAUGGGUGCGUGAGGGGGUGGGUUAGUUAGAGGAUGCUCUUGUCACAUCUGUUAGUUGCCACGUGGUGAUAGGGCGGCUCUGGCCACGGCCUAACCUCUUGACUGCAAACGUGAUGUCUGGCUUCUUGACACGUGGCGGGGACAAGAAGUGUCGGCGGGAGGUGGCGCGGUGUUUUUUUUKKUUUUUUUUGUUUUUUUUUAUCAUUUGGGUUUCGCCACGUGGUUAGUAGGCUUCUGGCUUUUGGGAAGCCUGUUCUGAAUGCCCCUUCUGCACAUGCUGCGCAAUCGUCUUUGGGUGGUGGAAGAGCAUUUCAGGGUGGGAUACGAGUUCAGGCUUUGGCAGCACCUUCAUAGUAUCUUCCGCUCGCUGCGAGUGACUGAUGAUUUGAACCUGGUAUGCAUAACCCGCGAUUCCGGCGUGUAUGACGUGUUGCCACGUGGUGGUUUUCAUUUCGGUUCGUGUUGUAAUUCUGCCACGUGGCACCAUAGGAGGAAUAGGGCUGCUAAGCGCUUAGGGCAGUCCGGGUGUGUUAUUGAUGACUCUGGAAGCCGGGAUUCGCUAUAAUAGUUUCUCUAGCUCCCUGUUCUCUUUCCCCCUCCCCUUCAUUGUGCUGCAAGCUUCUCUACGAGAGAUGUUGAGGGUUUCAGAAUAGGGAGAGUAACUUCCUUAGAUUGCGAUGGGCAGAGGGUGGUUAAUGCUGCUCUUCGCG